CAUGGCAGGGAUCUCACCCAUACAUCAUUUGACAUUUCAAAAUCGCGUUUGGGUUGGAGAAGCCGUCGAGGUCUUAUCACUGGCCAACUUGGAUAGCCAGCCGGCCAUCUUGAACGGGGUUUCCUCCGACAUCUCCAACGAUUGGAUUGCGAUAGAUGGCAGCAUACCGUCGUAUGACAAGUUUCCGGAGGCUGCAACAGGUACCGUUCAUUCAUGAAGUUUCCCACAUGAUCUUGACUAAAUAAGAAACAAGCCUCUGAAUGCGGGCCUUUAGGCAUGGCAGUCAUUCGUAGCGAUUUCGAUGAAGUAGGCCGCGUUUUAAGUCGGUCCCCUGACUCAAUAGCUGAACUGGAUAUCUAUGGAAGAAGUCCGCUGCAUCUUGCAGCAGCGAAAACGGAGAUUCUCGAAACUCUAGUCAAAGUUGCGGAUGCCAACAUCCUCAACCAGCGCGACAAAACGGGUGCUACUGCACUCGAGACGGCUAUGCUUCUGAGCUCUGAGUACUGCGUCAACGACCGGAACUACGAAAGAUGUAAACGUUGUUCCUGUUAUAUUUGCGUGAAGUACCUUCUCGACGCUGGCUGCGACAUACGGACGUAUGGAAUGAGGGAUGCGGCUGGUAAUGUGCCAGCGUUGGAUAUUCUCCUUGGGGAUGCAUCGGAGCGCGCUCGGCGUUGUUACGUCCUCCGCAUGGAGCAAGCCCGAAAUCCAAGAACUCCAGAAAGAACCUUGCCAAACAAAGGUCUUUGCGAAAAGCGAAAUACCGGGGAAACAAGGCCGAUGAGCGGCAUUUCGAUCGGAAGAGGUCGAGAUUUCCAAGAAAGCCUGUUGCAGGCCCCCCAAAAAUUGCAGGUUUGGGCUGAAGCUGACCAAGCCACCGGCUGGGACUGGAUAUUCCAUGAAAUUGACACCAUACAUCUAGCUGAGUUAUUACGUCGUCACGGAUUUAUGCCCGGUUCAUCUGUCUUCCUUGACCUUCGACUGCGAGAGAAUCGACUUCGGCGGUUCUUGGAACCACUAUUUGUUUGCUGGCUGGUAGACCAUGGAGGAGAUGUGUUCUUGCGAUCGCCCGUGGGCCCCAUCAACAGGACCGCCGAUGACUCAAUUUUUGCCGCGCACUACGUCUUUUACCUUCUAGGCACCAUGUCCGGGAACUGGUUGAGAUCUUGGAGGACAGAAUUGAGAGCUGCAAAGUCGGACGCCUUCGAAAAAGUGAUGACCACUGUGACUGGCCGCAAUCUUACGGAUGGCUGUUGCUGUCCUUGCUAAGCGAGGGGGUGCGUUCCAUUUACAUGGAUGAUGAAAGGCUUUGUUAGAUUUUCGAGCAUUUCGGACAAGAAUUUUCUCUCCAAUUACAUGGAUAAAGUGGUAGAGCUCUAUAGCUCAUGCGGCCCGGAGAUGACACUCUUAAGUUAU